AUGAGUAGAGACGAUGAAUACGAUUAUCUCUUUAAGGUUGUCCUUAUUGGUGACUCGGGCGUAGGAAAGACGAAUCUCUUGUCCAGAUUUACUCGAAAUGAAUUCAACUUAGAUUCCAAAAGCACCAUUGGUGUUGAAUUUGCAACCCGUAGUGUACAAGUCGACAACAAAACUGUAAAGGCUCAAAUUUGGGAUACAGCUGGUCAAGAAAGAUAUCGUGCCAUUACUAGUGCUUACUAUAGAGGCGCCGUGGGUGCAUUGUUAGUUUACGAUAUUGCAAAAUAUGCGACCUACGAAAAUGUAAUGCGUUGGUUGAAAGAGCUUCGCGAUCAUGCUGACUCCAACAUAGUUGUGAUGCUGGUUGGAAAUAAGAGUGAUUUGCGACAUCUACGUGCAGUACCUACAGAAGAAGCAAAGCAAUUUGCAGCUGAUAAUGGUCUUUCUUUUAUUGAGACAUCUGCUUUGGAUUCAAGUAACGUCGAACUUGCCUUUCAAAGAAUCUUGACAGAAAUCUACCGCAUUGUUUCCAACAAGGCUUUGGAAUCAUCAAACGAUGUUAUUAGACCAACAGCGGGAGAAAAAAUUACAGUGACCCAACCAGCCGAAGAGACAAAAGGAGGAGGGGGAGGCUGUUGCUAA